AUGCCCAGCAUCUCUUUUUCGCUGAUAGGACAUCCAGCAAUGCCUUCUAGCCCUAGCCAGUUCUUAAGCGCCUUGCUCGCAGCGCAGACGUCUGGGCGAAUCUUCUUUACCAGCUCAAUCCAGGCAUCCAGGCCCCAGGCGCGGACUGUGGACUCGAUCCAGGAGCUUGCAAUCUUGUUGUGCGGCAUGAGCAUGAGCGUGCCCCAGCCUAAUCCCUCAGCGACCCUGUACCAGCGCGUGGCUACUGUUAGGCGUUUGCGGAAGGCCUCCCUAUCCUUAGGGGUAGGGUGUAGGUUAACAAGCGCCAGCAGGGCUGCGAUGGCCUCAGUGCGGACCUGCCCUUUGCUGUUGCGGCUGCGCGAUCUGCUGCUGCUGCUGGCUUGGUCGCCCUCCUAG